UUCAAACAGGUGUCCAAUUCCAAAAGGUCCUAACUUCUAACGCUGACAUAGCCUCACACUUGAGCAAAAAUAUACAGAAACAUGAGGUCAAGCAAAGAAGGUAACAAUAGGAAAAACAAGAAAGUAUCAUCCCCAAAAAGAACCCGAUCCGUUAACCAAUCAGGACGCAAUUCCAGGCUAUCUCCUCCACCCUCAGUCUCAGUGCUUGACAGUGAAAUCGUGACUGAAGAAUUAGCUUUGUUUGAGAAUCUUGAAAUUUCACCUAAGACUACCAAUCCAAGAAGUUUUCCUUAUAGUGUUAAGCAGCAAUGCUGGGAUAAAGCAGAGAAAGUCAAGGGAAGAGACCCUGACCGAUGGCGCAGAGACCCGUUAGGGAACACUGUAUUUAGGAAGCUUGUAGGUUGUCCUGGUUGUCUAUGCCAUGACUAUGACCAUAUUGUCCCUUAUUCUAAGGUGAGAAUAGUGACUGGAGAGAUGCGGUAUAACUGGAAAUGCCAUAUGAAAGUAGUCUUGUUUAAGGGUGGAGAAAGUACAUUAGAGAAUUGUCAGGUUUUGCAGGCGACAGUUAAUAGAUCCAAGGGGAAUCGAACUGAUAUAUCAAAAGCUGAACUUAUUCAGAGAAGUUCUAAUUGUCGGGUUUCAGAUACGGGUUUUCAGGAGCAUACACCUGCGCAGUAGGAUCACCUCAGUUAUCAGCUUAUUGGUGAGCCCCACUCCUCUCGGGGUUCCACAUGGAGUUUGCAUUCGUAUUCAGUUAUGGUAGUCCAGGGCCAUGUCCUGGUAUUUAGUAUUCAGACAUGUUUUAGAGGUUUCAUAGACAGAUGUUAGUUAACAGAGUCAGUUAUGUUUUCAUGCUUGCAGACUAUUACGUUUUCAUGAUUUUUCAUGCUAUGAGGUAAUUUCAAGACUUUAUUCUGCAAAUUA